GGUACAAUGUAGCGGCAGCCAGCUCAAGGUGGUUCUGACAGCUUCCCCCAUGACAUCUGCAUUCCAGACAGAGGAGAAAGGGUGGAAGAAGGAUUCUGAGAAGUCCCGAGUGAUCUUUCUGCUCCCGUUCUAUUGAUUGGAGCGGUCAUAUUACCAUGCCUAGGUGCAGGGGAGACUGGGCAAUCGUGCGGCAAUGAUGACUCCUCACUCAGGAUGAAAGGGUGGGAUGCUAUGGAAUAUGAUGAGAAGCUGGCUCGGUUCCGGCAGGCCCACCUCAACCCUUUCAACAAGCCGCUUGGACCAAGACAACAUGAACAGGACCCCAGUGAGAAGUCCCAAGAAGUCACUUCUGAAGACACUCUGCCUGAGCUGCCCACUGGGGAGCCUGAGUUCCACUACUCUGAGCGCGUGAUGGAUCUUGGCCUGUCUGAAGACCACUUUUCCCGCCCCGUGGGUCUUUUCCUGGCCUCCGAUGUCCAGCAGCUGCGGCAGGCAAUUGAAGAAUGCAAGCAGGUGAUUCUGGAGCUGCCGGAGCAGUCAGAGAAGGAAGCCCAGUCAUGA